CUUCAUGAUUACAUAACAAGGUUCUUGACAUUUCAGAGAGUUGGUGAUUAAGAUGAGUAAAAGAUAGUGAAAGAUGUAGCUCUUUUUAGUCUAUCGUAAAAUGAAUCUAAUAUUGAUAAUCUUGUGUUACGGUGUUCACGCAAUUGGAUAUGUUUUGACACAAAGGGAAGAAAGCAGAUACGGAGAUAAUGUACCAAUAUUUUACAGCCUGCGCUCUGUUCUGGAUGUAUUUUAUACCAGGCCGAAUGCAGGCAGACCAGACACUCAGAAGAUUUUGUAUGCCUUUGAGAAUUACUGUUUCAGCCAUUUCUCAAAACCACUUUACAAACAAAGAAAACCAUUCAUUGUAGUAGAAGGAGAUCAUAAAACAAGUAUUGACAUCAUCAGCAGAAGGCUCGCUCGCCGCAUCGGAGCCACUCUGCUACAGAGCGUCGCCAAGUGCUUGCAGCCAUACAAGCGAGUGUUUCCGCAGGGAGACCCUCUGCGCCGCGCUUUCUACGGGCUGUCCAUGUACGCCAUUGCGCACAAGGUCAAACAGGUCUACAACAGAUACCCUGUUGUAACCAAUGGGUACUGGAUUGAACAGAGUGUAUUUGGUAUAGGUAACCAGUUCCAAACAAUAGAAGAAAUACCUCCUAGUGGUCAUCCUUUGUACUCUUGGCCGGAUGAUCUUCUCAAGCCUGACUUGAUUGUUUAUGUAACAUUUCCUGACAAUCUGCAUUUGACUGGGACCACAAGACCACCAAAUGCAUGGAAAAAGAGAUUGGAAUAUAUAUACAGGCAGAUAUUAGAUCCUCCAGUGGUGAUCCUCAGUACAGCCCCAGGGUUUGACAACGUCACUGCCGACAUUGAAGACAUUGUACAAGAACGGUUUGCGGGCAAGUUGGAUGUUAAUUUUUUGCCGAAUGAAACCAUUUAACAAACUUGA